GGUGCGCUGUGUCCCUCGGGCACAGCGCAUCACCGAUCCGCGGAAAGAGCCGAAGAUGUCAGCUCGGUCAUGUGAUCAGCUGUGUCCAAUCACAGCUGAUCACUGUCACGCUGACAGAGGAGAGGAGAGCCGGUUAUCGGCAUUCCUCGGAGAGGACAUCUACACUGAUCAUCAGGGCUCUGAUGAUCUGUGUAGCCCCAGCAGCGCCAAUUGUCAUUGUCCAUCAGUGCUAGCUCUCAGUGCUCAUCCAUGCCACCUGCCAGUGCCCAUCAGUGCCACAUCAAUGCCACAUUUCAGUGCCCAUCUGAGCUGCCUUUCAGUGUCACCCAUCAGUGCCAGUCAGUGCCGCCUAUCAGUGUGCAUCAGUGCCACCUAUCAGUGCCCGUCAGUGCUGCCUAUCAGUGCCACCUAACAGUGCCAGUCAGUGCCGCCUAUCAGUGCCGCCUAACAGUGCCAUAUAUGAGUGUUGCCUUUCAGUGCCCAUCAGUGAUGCCUGUCAGUGCCCAUCAGUGCCACCUACCAGUGCCUCCUCAUCAGUGCCCAUCAGUGCCACCUAUCAGUGUCCAUCAGUGCAGCCUAUUAGUGCCCAUCACUGCAGCCUCAUUAGCACACAUCAGUGAAGGAGAAAAAUCACUUAUUUACAAACUUUUAUAACAAAAACGAAGAAAAAAGGUUUUUUUUUUUCCAAAAUGUUCAGUGGGUUUUGGUUUGUUUAAGAGAAAAAAA